CCUCCAUUUUUUGAAAUUGUUUUCCCACGAAUGUGUUAGCUUUUUGGCUUAGGGAGAUAUCUUUGGCUCCUCCAUGGCCGAGUGGCACGUCUCUGAGAGCGAGUCGGAAGGGGAUGGAGUGGGUGAUGGCGGCAUAGAGCUGGGGAGCUUGCGCAUCCCGCCUCACCGCGUGGCGGAGCUGCUCAAAACCAUAGAGUCGAGGAAUACGCUGGACCUGGAAUGUUUGGCUGGAGCGGCGGCCGAGUCGGCGUCAGAGGAGCGGAGACGAGAGAGACGGAGAAGGCACAAGAAGCGGAAGAAGAAGAGCGAUACAUCGGGGGAGGCAGGUGACUCGAGAACCCAAGAGGAAGUCAGUGAGACAGCGUCUGAGAUGAGAAGCACUCCAUCCACUGACACCACAGCAAGAGACGGAAAAUGGAACAACGUUUCUCAAUUUGACUACUUCCACGAAGACUCGACUGGGUCUGAUCUCACUCUGCAUAAGAGACUGAAGAAACUGCCUCCAGGCGAAGAGUUUGAUCCCAAACUAAAAUUUUACCCUGACGAAAACAUACGGAUGCGAGGUAGGAAGCUGGCCAGUCUGGCCAGAUGGGCCGACUGCGAAGCAGCAGAAAGAGCGGCAGCAGCACACAGCAGCGAAUGUGCAGACCUCACCUCCCGAAAGCACCCGCCCCUAUCACCAACCUAACCACCUCCUCCACGCCACUCCCACCCAGUUCACAACGCACACACAAAUACUCGUAGCAGUUCAGCAGUGUGGGGUUGGUGGCCACAGUCCCGAGACCUCUACUAGUGCAGCUCCUGCUGUUGACUUUGGUGCUGAGAGUGACCUGGACUCUCUCCCCAGGGGGUGACAAUAUGAAGAUGUCAGUCCUAUCACAGAUCAAUCGUGUUGGUAAGUCAGUGGAGGCUGAAGUACAUUAUUCGCUUUUUUCAUGCCUAUUAUGCUAUUCUCAUGUGCUCACAAGUUUCACCUACUAUCAAAUACCUAUUAUUCCCACACUAAAAACACUUAAUUUAUACAAUCAAGAGUUUCUGUUUAUAUUGUACAGGUGUUCUAGCUAGGAAAAAUCACAAAGCGGUGCUAU